AUGUGGGCUCGUUGGUUAUUGGUAUAUUUAGCAUCGAUUGCUAUUACGGUGGCAGAAGAGUUAUAUGAAAGAAAGGAAACAUCUGACAAUGACAUCUUAGAUCGCUCGCAUUCUUUAAGCGAUUUGGUUAAUAUGGAUAAACUCCCAAGUGAAUGGAAGACUGGUGGUGACUUGGUCUUGGAACAAGGGAGACUUCGUUUCACUCCAGUCGCUUCUAGUCAGGGUUCGAUUUGGCACAAUUCCGAUUACCAAAUUAAAGAUUCCUUUACCGUUGAAUGGACCUUUAGAAGUGUUGACUUCAUUGGUAAGUCUGAAGGUGGUUUAUCUUUCUGGAUCGUUAACGGAAAAAGCGUUGGUGACAACUCGUUAUUCGGUGGUCCACAGAGAUAUGACGGUUUGCAAAUUUUAGUUGAUUCCAAUGGGCCCGUUGGAAGUACAGUUAGGGGUAUAUUGAAUGAUGGAACCAAGAAAUUUACUGAAACGGACAUUUACGAUCAAACCUUUGGGUACUGCUUAUUGGCAUAUCAGGAUACUGCUAUUCCAACUACAGUUAGAUUAAGCUACGAUAGAAAAAACAAUAAUCUUUUAAAACUUCAAAUUGACAACAGGGUAUGCUUCCAGACUAGAGAAAUCCAGUUCCCAUCAAAUGCUAAAAUGAGAUUAGGGAUUACGGCAAAGAAUGACAAAAACAAGGAAUCAUUUGAGAUACUGAAGAUGCACACUCAUAACGGUUUGACGAAAGAGGUUUCCCUUCCAAAUGUGAAUCCAAUGGAACAACCAAGACUCGUUACCAAGAUUAUCAACAAGGAAACUGGUAAAGAAGAUGUGGUUGAAACUGAUUUUAUGAAAAUGAAAGGUCUUGCCAAUAAGGUUGAUAACUACGAACUAUACAAGAAACUUGAUAAGAUUGAGGGCAAAAUUCUAGCUAAUGAUAUCAGUAUCAUAAAUGAAAAGCUAGAAAAAAUCAUUAAAACUCAAAAUGAUCACAGUAAAAAGUUGGAUCAUUUGUUGUCCACCUUGGACGUUAUGGUCUCUUCUAUGGGCAAGGAAGGUGAGGUGAACACCGAAGCAUUCAAGGAUUUCUUUGGUAUGAACGAUAAACUAGAGAAAUUGCUCCAAGAUCAAGCCAAAAUUAGAGAAGAAACCAAACUAAGCAUGCAGUCUGGUGGCCAUGGAGUAACUGUUGAUGAAAUUGUAAAGAGACUCUUUAUUUGGAUGUUGCCUCUAAUCUUGAUUGUCUUAGUCAUGGCAUACUACACAUUUAGAAUUCGUCAAGAUAUAGUCAAAGUCAAGUUACUAUGA